GUGGGCGAUUGUAUGGAUCUCGCUGAGGACCUGUUUGGCUCAUCCCACCUUUUGCUGUGGUAUCUGGCCUAUUUCUAGAACUUUUCAAUUCUUUUUCUUUUUCUUCUUUUUUUACUUUCCCUACCUAAACAAACUCCCCUCUGCUUCUGCCGUAAAACCAACCUGUUUCCUGCAAUUCCCUCAAAGCACACCUGUCCAAAGAAAUUUGACCACUACGGAGUAUAACAAACACACACGCAUAUACCCACAUCAAGAAGAAACAUACAAAAAGAAGCAAAGAUGGCGGAAACAAUGAAGGACGGCAAGUUUCCCCACGACAACAUGGUGGCGCCCAAGUCGAACCGCGUCAUGCCCCUCUUCUCGCUCAAGGGCCGCACCGCCAUCGUGUCUGGUGCUGGUGCCGGUAUCGGGCUUGCCGUGGCGGAGGCGUUUGCCGAGGCUGGCGCCAACGUCGCCAUCUGGUUCAACAGCAACAAGGAGGCGCACGAGCGCGCAAAGGAUAUCGAGCGCGAGUAUGGUGUUACUUGCAAGGCAUACCAAGUCAACGUGACGUCGUACGAGGAGGUUGAGAAGGCGAUCAACCAAGGCGUCAAGGACCUCAACGGCCGCCUCGACGUCUUCGUAGCCAACUCCGGCGUCGCAUGGGAGCAGGGCCCCCUGAUAGAUGGCGGGCUGGACCACUACAAGAAGGUCAUGACGACCAACAUGGACGGCACCAUCUACUGCGCGCGGGUAGCGGGACAGCACUGGCGCAGGCAAAAGAAGGAAGGAACGACCAUUGACGGCAAGCCGCUCGAGAACUACACGUACGGAAGCUUCAUCGCGACAGGCUCCAUGAGCGGCCACAUCGUCAACGUGCCGCAGUUGCAGACGGCAUACAACGCGGCCAAGGCCGGCAUCAUCCACAUGUGCCGCAGCUUGGGUGUCGAGUGGACCGGGUUCGCCAGGGCAAACUCAGUGUCGCCGGGCUACAUCAACACCGAGAUCUCGUCCUUCGCCCCAGCGGAGGUCAAGAACGCCUGGAAGGACAAGAUCCCCAUGGGCAGGGAGGGAGAAACCAGCGAGCUCAAGGGCGUCUACUUGUACCUGGCAUCAGAUGCGGCGUCGUACACGACCGGAACGGAUAUCUGCGUUGACGGUGGUUACGCGGCGCCGUGAUUGGGUGGGAGACUGUAAUGAGGUUGGGGGAUACUGUUAAAUGUAGAGUGAGGGGCUUGAUUCUAUUGGCUGAGUUGGGUUUUGAGGGGAAAAUGAGUGUGGUAGUAGGGAUUACGAGAUACCAGCUUAAUGUCCAGAGAGAUAAGAUACCUAUUCCAAGCGUGACUUGUUACCAUGGCAAGGCUGACUGUUUCAGACGACUCAAGAGUUCGACCGAUGUGUGU